AUGCCGACAUCUGAAUCAUGCAACUCGCCAACACCUGAACCGCGCGCUCCACGCCACCCAGCACCAUGGCGCCUGGUCGAAGCAAUUCUUUAUGAGCACCGGGCCUGCGAUUUUCUUCCAGAUCCUGUCGAGACCGCUGGCUCACACCUCGUUAACGCCCCUUCUACGCCGACAUCCAAUCAAUCACACGACCCCGAUUUCGUCGAAAGGCUACACAGAUGUCUAGAGCUCGCCAUCUUUCGGCAAGAAAUUCGCCGUAGUAUGUAUGGAACAGCUACGGCCGAUGACAUCCGACCGGGACACACCCCACCGGGCCUGAGAGAAGAGAUGCGCCGGGCUGCCCUCGAUGGCCUCUACGAUUCCGACAGCAGCACCUCGUCUGGGCGAUCGUUAACGACGAUAUCGGCCAAUACUCCGCAGAGUUGUGAUAUGGUGUCACACGCUGCGUCGAAACAGACUGUCGCUCCGAGGCUCGGGAUACGGACGGGCCCAUUUGUUGGAAAGCCACUCGACCUCACCCCGUCCUCUCCGCCCUUGUCGAAUCUUGAUACCACAUCGCCGCCAGCGGCGAGUGUUUCGAUAAGCAAGAAAAGGAAACACGCCGAGACGGACACCCAAUCCCCAACACCAGCAAGAGGCGCGACCAACGAAAAGCGACGCCGACGGCUCAAUCAUACAACGCUGGACAUGCAAUGA